AUGCGGCGGGAGCUGCAGAGUUUCUCCUCCGCAAAUUCCAGGAGGCCCUCGGCAGAUAUCAGGACGAGUCAUCUUAGCGCUUCCAACCUUAUGCCUGGGCGAGACAAUGUCAGUCGCAACGAAAGCACCGACGCGGAUCCGGGGCGGCUGUCAUCGAGGAGCGGGGAGUCAUGGGCGAUCCGGGCCUUGAGGAAGAAGAGCAGCAAGGGGGUUCCUGGCGAGCAGCUUCUGGCACUCCCGAAUUUCAUUCCCGAGAGCAAGGACGAGGACGAGUCAGAAAAGGACCAGAGGACGCAGACUUUGCCCACAACGGCUUCACGUUCAUCGUGCCCCGGCCGCCCCCGCAGGAGAGGCUGAUGGGCCUGGCGGCGGUGCCACACGGCGGGGAGGAGCGGGCCGCGCGUCGGAGGGACCCCUCGCUGGAGUGACCUCUGGUGCGCAGCUUUCGGGGGCUGCUCGACGGGGGGGCAACAAGAAAGGCGCCCAGGGAGACACGCAGAAAUACGCGAAUGCCUGAGGCUCCCUUCUAUUGUUCAAUGUUGUUUGGAUUUACGUCUUCCCCUCCAUCUCUCAUAUUUUCCGC